CCGAACCACCUCCGACCUUCAUCUUUCCCUCAGCUCCUCCCACGCCCCUCCUGUUGUCGUCGUCGUUCUCCUCCUCCUUCUCCCCCACUUCUGUUCUUCAUUCUUCUACUCCUUCUACUCCUCCUUGAUUGUCGCUAGUCUCUCUUCCGGUUGGAUUCCUGUCCAUCUAUUCCAGGAUCCAUCAUGUCGUCGUUGCCCCUGGAGCCGCCCACGUAUCUCAGCUCGCUGCAGAACAACAUCCGAGCUCGCCCUAUUCCCUGGGAGGGAGCUGUCCGUGCUGGCAACAUCACUGAUGAGCACCUGAAGAAGAUCAAGGCCGUCGAUAAGGUUCGCAAAGAGCAACGGCGUCAGACGGUUGAGGGCGAUCUAGCUGGAUAUGUUAGUCUGCUGGCAGGCGGGCCUGAGAGCAAAAGCGUGCUGGACUCCGCCGCCAGACGAACGGACAUCGUGCAAUGCAUCCUCGUGCUGGCCGCGGACUUGAUCAACGAUGUUCCUUCUCUCGCAACGGCUCUAGUCACCCAUCCCGACCCUUACAAGCCAUUCCUCCCCCUCUUGCGUCAUUCGACCAACGCUGAAGACCCUAUCCCCUUACUCACCUCCACCUUCCUGACAAGCCUGGUAUCAGUCAGUCUGUUCGCAUCCUCGAAGCCAGCACCGCGCGAUGACGAAGCGCUUCCGCAGUUGUACACUUAUCUCUCUACUCUGACCCAGAAUCAAGACAGCGGGCUGCAGGAUAUCGGGGUUCAAGAGCUGUCCGCACUUCUUCGCACUGCAAGAGCGCGUGAGCUCUUCUGGCAACAAAGGAAGCAGACUGUUGAUCCUCUCAUUGAGAUCCUGCAGUCCGCGACCGGCUCGAAAGAUAGCAGUUCGAGCACACUGGCAGGCAGUACGCGCGGAAUUGAGCCUGGUCUUGCAGGUGGUAUCGGACUUCAACUCCUGUACAGAGUAUUGCUUGUGCUGUGGCAGCUGAGCUUCGAAGGUGAAUUGGUCGGAGAUGAUCUACAAAAUGAUUAUGAAUUUGUUCAACUCUAUACACACCUUCUCCGCCUGUCCCCGAAGGAGAAGACGACACGGCUACUCCUCGCUACCCUGAACAAUCUCCUUUCCAGCAACCGCACGACUCUGCUUCCAGUCGCCGUCUUCGUUCGCCUGCCCGCGCUGCUGGCGAACCUCUCCGGUCGCCACUUGACGGAUGAAGAUCUGCUGGAGGAUCUCCAGGCUUUGACAGAGCUUUUGGAUGAAUACACCAAGACACAGACGACGUUUGACCAAUACGCGGCAGAGCUGCAAUCGGGCCAUUUGCGGUGGUCGCCUCCGCACCGGAACCCUACGUUUUGGAAGGACAACGCACGGCGCAUCCUAGACGAUAACAACGGUGCACUUCCCAAGAAGCUCGCAGAGAUUCUGUCUAAGAGCUGGGACAAUGACAAGCAGGUCUUGGCGAUUGGAUGCAAUGAUGUGGGCCAUUUGGUCAAGGUGCUUCCCGAGCGGCGGGCACAGCUGGAGAAACUGGGCUUGAAGACGCGGGUCAUGGAACUGAUGGCUGACAAGGACGAAUCGGUGAGGUGGGAGAGCUUGCGAGCUGUAGGAGAGUGGCUGCGCUAUACGUUUGACGACUGAGGGGGGCGGAAACCCGUACGCUCAAACCGUGCUUGAUCUUAUUUUGUCACAUUGCUCUUUGUCGUCCGUAUGUACUGGGCUUAGACGAGCUAUCCUGGGCUGCUCUUGUAUGAAGUACUUGUAAAUUCUGCACUGGUCAGCGUAAUUUGCCUGAAUGUGAAUAUUUUUUG